AUGUCGUCCUCCUCGGCAAGCCGUAGCCCGGACAAGCGCAAGAAACCGUUGCCGUAUUUCAUGCAGAAACCCGACGAGGGUACUCUGCCAUCGUUCCAGAACCGGCGUACUCUGGCGGAUCAUGUGAAGGAUAACAUGCUGUGUGCUGGCCGGAAGCGUUACUUCCAGCGCAUCGUGUACAUUGGCCGGUACAAGAAAAUGAGCGGUGCUACGUUGCGAGAGCGAUUCGGGAAGGUGGUCAAAGAUGUGCAGGAGCGUACGACUACCGAGAUCAAGCUGUUCGGGUUGAUGCUCAGCUGCGAUGACUACACGAUGCACAUGAUUGAGAGCGCUGAAGAAACCAUAGGCGAGUACAUGCAUCAGCUGGCCAAAGUCGAGGAUCUGUCUGUGGAUACCCGCGUCGUGCUGGUGUACAACAACAUCAACCAGCGGUUCUUCCGCAAGCUGGUGUGGCGUGUUUUCGACUACAUGGACAGCCUGCCACAGACAGAGCUCGAUCAGCGUGACCCGAACUUGAUCCAGAGCACGAUCGAUGCGUUCCUCGUGAAGUUGUUUAAGUUGUGCAAGCAAGUGCGCGCAGAAGAGCUGGACGAAAAUUCCGCCUUCAAAUCGCUCUACCUGUACGACUACUGCAAAGAGUACACACCUGAUACAGCUUUGGUGGAGUAUCUGCUGACGUUGCCGUGUCUGUUCACCGUGCAAGAGUACGCGGCUUUCUACGGCCGGUUGCCGGACGUGGACGGGUUACGGGAUCGCAUUUGGCCCAUCCCGAAGGACCUCACACCGUACGAUGUGUUCGAAACGGGCCGGUACGACGUGAAUCUCACGUUCGGUGAUGGCAAGUGA